AACGAUGUUCACUUCAUCUGACUGAGGGAAAAGUUGUAGUUGACUACCACCACACCUUCCUAUAGAAAUGUCCAAAGAAAACAAUGGAUCCGUUGGCGCUUGAUGAGCCGGUAUCUGAGGAGAAAACAGAAAAAGAAGUCGCCUCACUGUGGGAGCAUGAGGCUCUAUCGCAGAUCCCUGUAAAGGUGUUGAGGGGACAUACUGAUUCUGUCAGCAGCUGCCAGUUCUGCUUCAAUGACACCCGACUUCUCACUGGCUCCCAUGACAAGACUGCGAUAUUUUGGGAUGUGGAAACAGGAGCUCAGUUGAUGGUGCUGAAAGGAGGACACUCCGCGGCCAUCACUGGGUGCUGUUUGGUCCCAGAAAAGAACAGAGUAAUAACAUCCUCCUGGGAUAAGAAUAUGAAUGCCUGGGACCUGGAGACUGGAAGAAUACUGUGGACAGUAGCACAAGGUGGCUUGUUGAUGUCAUGCAGUGUGUCGGGGGAUGGGAAGUAUGUGGCUUCAGCUUCAGACAUGGAGAACGCCCUCUACAUCAACUGUGCUGACACAGGACAGAGACUGCAUUACAUGCAAGGCCAUCAUAAGUCCACAGUAAUGAGCUGUCAGUUUGAUGCUCAGAGUCAGCACUUGGCCAGCGUCUCAGCAGACAGAUCCAUUAAAUUAUGGGACCUCUGCUCUCACAAAACCACUCUGACCAUUAACAGUGCCCACAAAAAUGUCAUCUCAAGCUGCUGUUUCACUCGCAAUGGCCAUUACUUGUGCACAGCAUCGUGGGACCAGACACUGCAUCUGUGGGACGUUCAGACUGGUUCGUACCGCACCAAGGGAGGAAUACAGCUCAGCAAGGGUCACGAUGGUAGCAUCAGCUCCUGCGCCUUCUCCAACGAUGCUUCAGUACUGGUGUCUGGUGCAUACGACAGGACCCUAACACUGUGGGACAUGAAAGGACUGUGUAAAACCCUGGUGCUGAAGGGCCAUUUGGAUUGGGUGACAGACGUUGACAUUAGUGCAGAUAAGAACUGGGUGGUCUCUUCCUCAAAGGAUUCUACAGUACGUGUGUGGAACAUUGAGCAGUCUGAACACAUACCAGCCGUCAUUGAGACCAGGAGGGCUCAGGGAACGGGCUUUCAAAUCCUAAAGUGUGAAGAAUGUGGGAAAUCUUUUUCUGUCUCUCGCUUGGAGAACACCAGCUUGAUCACCAAAUGUGUGUUCUGUCGACUGAAGGCUCCAGACAGAUAUCUGCCUGCUCCUCCGUGCCUCUGAGUGGGUCUCGGCUAAAGAGCAUACUGUCCCCUACUGGAAACGGCGUGUGACAAUGUGUCAUCAGCAACACGAGGGUUCAGACGAAUUAUAAGAUACAACAUCUAUGUACGUAAAUCAUUUAUACGCCUAAAAUGAACCAGUGACGGGAAUAU